CAGUUCCUGUUGUUUUCAACUUGUGUUUUCGGUAAAUGAAAUAAAUGAAUUAAUAGUGUGUUAUCACUUAUCUACAAUUUCAUUACCAGUUAGAACUUAUAUUCAAAUGUAUAAAGUUCGGAAUUGCCUUCGGUGUCUUACGAACGCGUUUAUUUUAAACCAAUACCACUAGUCAAUCCAGAUUUCUUUUAUUGGCACCAAAUGAAGACAUAUUUACGGUGUGCCAGUGAUUCUCACUCUUUGUUUUUCAAUUGCUCUUCUAAUUGUAGUGCCCCUAAAUUUUUUUCUUUCUAGCUUUUUCUCAGAACUCUCACAAUGGUUGACAACUCGAAACUAGUCUGUGCCGUUCUGUUUCUAUUCUUUGCUGCUUUUACCAUGAAAGAUGUAUUUGUUAACUCUGCAGAGAAGGAAAUUCCUGUUUCCAAAGUCAGUCUAGCAGCUAAUAAUGUAGGACCUUCGUUACAAUUUUUGUACUGCUAUUCAUGCGGCUAUCGAAAAGCUUUCGAUGAAUACUCAACUAUAAUACAACAAAAAUAUCCGGAGAUAAAUGUUUAUGGUGGCAACUAUGAGCCCUCUAGUUUUCACAUGUACCUAGCCAAAGCAUUUGGCAUAGGAAAAAUUUUACUCAUAAUUUGCGUUCUUUGUAACGUGAAUCCAUUCAGUAUUCUAAUACCUCAAUCAGUAUGGCUUUGGUGUGUAAAUAAUAAAAUCUACGCCUGUAAUAUGAUAUUUUUCCUGACCAAUGUCAUUGAAAGUAAUUUAGUCUCUACCGGUGCAUUCGAAAUAUUUUUAAAUGAUAUUCCGGUAUGGUCAAAAUUAGAAACAGGAAGAAUACCUCAGCCUCCAGAAUUAUUCCAGAUAAUCGACUCACAUCUGCAGUUCAAAGACACGGUUGAGUUCAAGGAUAGCUUCCCUAAAUAAGAUGUUAUUUUAAGUUAGAUUGUUUUGUUUUGUUUUCCUUAAUUGUGCUUAAUUUUGCACUUAGGUAUUAAUCUUUCCUAUUUUCUUACUUUUAUCAAGCAGUUUUAUACCAUUUUCACUCGUUGCAAGUGGGAGCUGAAAAAAUAGUCAUCAUUUACCUGUUUGCCUUUCUGGUCAAUAAGGGGAGUAAGAAAAGAACAAUGUCUUCAUUAUUUUUUUCCAUUAGCCACCUGUAGAAAUGACAUUUUUCAAAUACCUGUCCCCAAAGUUGGGUCGGAUAUGCAGCAAUUCAUGGCAAUUAUUUUAAUUGGUUGGUUACGGCAUACAAUUUUUUCCAAUAUCUACAUCCAGCUGGAUGUUGCCAUUAUUUUGCUGAAAAUACAGUGUAUUACUUUUCUUCCUCCAUGGCCUUUGUUGUAUAGUAAAACUAUUAAAAAAUUGAGGGUUCUGCAAUGACAUUUCCACCUAUCCAAUGAAUCACUGAUGCAAUUUUGGAUCAUUAAAGUGAUUUGUCCUGUUUUCUGGCAUGCAAUUUAUUGUGUUAAUUAAAUUCAAAAUCUUGGCAGAUUUCGAAUUUUUAACUAAUAAAGGACGGCAGCUCCAGGGCAUGAGCCUGAAGAAUCAUUCUCAACCAAAAAACCGUUGAAUUUCAGAGAAAUGAAAGCCUGACUCAUUUGGAAAAAACCUUUUAUUCAAUGUAGGAGUUAAUUACUCUAUCGAAUGCAAGGUUGUUUUCCGAAAAAAAUCCCGCUUUCAUUCCUCUAAAUUUUGCCAAUUUUUUGGUUGAGAAUGAUUCUUUAGACUCACACGCAGGGGUUUUCAUCCCUUUUUUGGCUAAGUAUUAAAAAUCUGCCAAGAGUCAUUACUUUAUUGAUGCAAUAUAUCGCAUGGCCCAUGCCAGUUCGAUUGCGCUGAAAACCGGGAUGAAUCACCUUAAAAUCUCAUAUUAUUCAACGAAGAAAUUUAAAUAGGUGUGAUCGCCUUAAAUAGCUCAGUGCAUAGUUUCAUUUUCAUCAAGGUCUCUCUUGUGUAAUUUAUAUUUGCUCAUUUUUACCUUGUCAUUUCUUCGUAAGUAAUGAGAUUCUUGUUUAUUGUUGUUAUUAUGAUACUUUGCAGCUGGCUUCUUCUCUGUUUUGGAAUUUUGCUCUGUUCAACCCUUUGAAAUCUUGAUUUCUCAAUUUAUCAGAAAGUCACGCUUAUUUAGAUCUUUCAAAAAUUUGCCACCUGCUGCCCCCCCCCCCCCCCAAGCUUUGAGCGUUCUGUUUUUUUAUUAUCUUUGUGAUCAUUCAUCUUUGUUUUUAUAUUGUAAUAUAAUUACUGAAAGUUCAUUCACUCACACUGUGUUGGAUCAUGAAAAAAUCCUACUCAGUCAUGAGCCGCAUUGAUUUUUUUUUUGGUGAUGGUAGAGUAGGAUCUAUUUCCUUGUAAAAGUUUCCAUUCUUUCUGAUGCAACUAGAAAUUAAAUAAGUCAUUUUCAGAAAGACUUUAAGCGUCAAGAUUAAAAUUCAAGAAAAACACGCAAAAAAAUUUCAAAUAGACCCGUUCCAAAUCUCAUAGCUCCACAAUUUUAUAGCAUUUUAUUGGUCAAGCUUAUUCAUACUUAUCCUUAGAUUUGGAACGGGUUGAUUAAUACAGUUUUUACUUUUUUUUUGCAUUUUUAUUUCUGGUGCUUGAGUUUCUUUGAGAAUGGCUAAUUCAAGUGUUGAAGAAAUGAGUUUUUUGUAGAACUUUUAGUUAUUUAUUAUAUUUUUGUUUGUUUGUUUUGUUAAUGGUACAUAAGUAUCCAGGAGGUUCUGGUUUUAAUUUAGAGAAAAUAAAUGUAACAAAACUCUACUUUUGAUGUUUUAAAGCUAUUUGUAUUAAAGGUUUAUUCGGGAAAAUAAGUAAAUAAACACUUACUUGGUUAGGCCUGUCUGUCUGAAAUGAAAGUGAAAUAAAAUUAAAAAUUUUAUUGAAAUUCUUUCACCCGGAUUAAAGUACUGAUCUAACUUGAAAAAAGAAGAGUUAUGAGGUGUUAUCAGUUUUCUAAUCUUAGUAGCUUAGUCUUUAUCUAUUUUGAAUCUUUGACAAUGCAUUUUUGGUAGCAUUUUUUUGCCUUUAUCUUUUUGUAAUAAGAUGAGUAAUUACAACUCUCUUUUUAAAUAUGCACUUAAAGCAUUCCAUGUACUUAUUAGAAUUGAAAAAAAAUUCCCCAGCGAUGAAGUCAGCAUACAAGUGGGCCGUUCAGGCAGUGAGUUUUCCUAUCAAUGUUUCAGCGCAGUAAUGCCAGAAAAAUGUCAUACACACUCUUUGAAAGUUAAAAAUUCCAGCUCUCUGUCAAUGUAAUAUUCUUUAACUUUUGAGAAAUCAAAAGCAGAAACUGUCGUUGAAUGGCUACAAUGUAGGCUUGUAGGCAUGAGCCUUACAACCGUAUUUUUAAGGCUCUCUUAUUCAGAUUAUUUUCUGAGGAAAUUAGGGAAACUGUAUUUUUGAGCAACCCUCGCAUCAGCAGCAAUCUGGUUUUUAAUCUCUAAAUUGGACAGCUAAUUGUUAUGAUCUGACGGUAUGACAAAAAUGCCUUAGUAUGUGUGUGAAUGUGAUGGUUUGACAACAUUGUAAGAUGUCAUUGGCAGUCUCUUUGAUAUACAUAGGGUGUUCAAAAAGUUUUGCACGCUUCCGGGUUUUGAGCGAACAAAAGCAGCUAUCGAUUUGCGGUUUGUGUGUGCUUAAAGUAGACGCAAUUACCAAUAAAACAAGACCAAGAACAACUCUCUAGCUUAAAAAAUGACAGAGACACAGGGUUUUGAAAAUGACUUGUAGCGUGACCCCCUCCAGGAUUUUUAGCACCAAAUAUGUUUGUCAAGAAAAAAAGUUAAAUGAGAAUUGAGCGUUUUUAUUGAAAAAACUUACAUAAUCUUACGGAAAUUGACGAAUUCCAAGCUUCUACAUCCGAUGACACGGCUGACCAUACAUUUGGCUGUUUUUCGAAGUAUUUUCCACCACUUUGAACACAAAGCUUCAGCGGUUCUGCCCACUUCACAAAGAUAGUUUUUUCAAAGUCUUCUUGGCGGAGGGUUUUGAAGAAUUUUUGAACAGCGGUUUUGAUCUCGGCUGUGGAAUGGCUCUUUCCUGAGUUAAGACAUUUCUGAGAGGCACACGGUUUGAUUCCAUAGCCGAGAUCAAAACCGCUGUUCAAAAAUUCUUCAAAACCCUCCGCCAAGAAGACUUCGAAAAGACGAUCUUCGUGAAGUGGGCAGAACCGCUGAAGCUUUGUGUUCAAAGUGGUGGAAAAUACUUCGAAAAACAGCCAAAUGUAUGGUCAGCCGUGUCAUCGGAUGUAGAAGCUUGGAAUUCGUCAAUUUCCGUAAGAUUAUGUAAGUUUUUUCAAUAAAAACACUCAAUUCUCAUUUAAUUUUUUUUUCUUGACAAACAUAUUUGGUGCUAAAAAUCCUGAAGGGGGUCACGCUACAAGUCAUUUCCAAAACCCUGUAUCUCUGUCAUUUUUUAAGCUAGAGAGUUGUUAUUGGUCUUGUUUUAUUGGUAAUUGCGUCUACUUUAAGCACACACAAACCGCAAAUCGAUAGCUGCUUUUGUUCGCUCAAAACCCGGAAGCGUGCAAAACUUUUUGAACACCCUAUGUAAUAUUGAGUACUCUAAGUACUGUUGCAAUGUAGGCUCAACAUCAUUUUAUCUCCAUUUGAGUAAAUUUUUCCUAGUUUCAUUUGCUGUGCUUUCAGUAACUACAUCAUCACAUUGGGCUAUUAAGAUUGUACAUAACGGCAUCAUAACAUUGAGAUAUCAUGAAUGCCUCACGGUAUUAUCAAAUUUAACUAAUACACACAGCGAUGGGAUUUGUUCUAUUAUCAUACCAGUACCUUGCUAUUAGUAUUCUACUUUCUUAAUCUCUCUAUAUUCAAUUGCCAUCAUAUUAAAUCACGAGGAAAAUUAAAAAAUGAUUCCACUUUAAAUCCUAUAUGUGUGAAUGUCGUACAAUACAUUGACUGAUUUUGUGUUAUCAUGUAAAUUAAUUUUUUAAUUUUGUAACUUGAUGUUAGUGUUGACAGAAAUAUUUUUAGACAGAAAAGUGAGGAUAUCAUGAUUUUUACAUUUUAUUCAUCGUUCCUCCAAACUUUUUCUGCUUUUCACCGCUUAUCAACUAUACAUAAAAAAGAAAUACAUGUGCCCCGCUCUGUAGAAUUUAAAAUGAUUGCCUUCAUUGUAAGUUUUCCAAGUAAAACUGGUCAACUAUUGUCCAUGACACUAAAAGUGGUGGCUGAGAAGCGGGGUUAGCGACUGGCAUGGGGUAUUCUCUGAGGAUUGAAACGCAGGUAUAUUAGCACAUCUGAAGGACCCGGGCUUGCCAAAGCGAGUCAACCCUCAUACAGUAGAUUGAGCCGUGUAUCUGCCUUAUUCCGAGAUGUAGACUUUAACAGCAGAAAUAGAUUGCUGGACAGGGGAAGAAAUUAAGCGUCGUACCUCUCAGUUGCUCAUCAAAAUUUUUUGUGGAAUACAGUUGGCACAUUGAACAUUUUAAAAUUCAGUGCAUAAGUAGAGAAUAAUAGUGUGGAAAAUUAGCAUUUUCUGCUCUCGGCAAUUCUAAGUUCCCACUCGCUAAAAAACUAAAGUGCCCUUGAGUGAAACUGAUCACAAAAUUAACGUCAGGGUGCUUUGCAAUAAAUUAAUUUAUUCAUUGUUCUGAAAUCUUAUCAGCAAUUUUCAAAAUACUCAUAAUCAAUUCUUUCUAGUUAUUUCUGUCUGUCCUCUAUAAGUCUGUUUUAAUGGUUAAUCGGACCCACUCUGAUGCUGAUCCUUUCGCAAUCAGAAAGACUGAAUUUAAUGAUUCUAAACACCGAACGCUAGUUUCUUUUUCACAACUUUACUUUGUUUUUUUUUGUACCUUUCCUUGUAAAAUUUUUACGAAGAAAUAUCCUGUGGCCCUUUAAUCCUUGCCCUCGCCAGUGUUCAUCGACUGAAAAUUGUCAUUGGAAUGAUUUAAAUUAAAUAUUGUUGCAUGAAGCAUCACAAAAGGCGUGAUAAAAUUAUUUCACUUUCAGCAUGCCAAUUUUUUUGAUAGUUUUCUCUGUGGUAAAACUGAAAAAAAAGAAACUGACCGUGAUCAAGAUCAUACUGUUCAAGAUCAAAGCACAAAAAUGCAGUGUUGUCUCUAGAUGGGUGGAGAAAUAUGUUUAAAACAAUCUGUAUGUGUGUCUAGUCCUACAAACUAAUUUUAAGUUAAUGUGUCUAUCAAUAAACCCAAAAUAAAUAAUGAGCAAAAAAUUAAUGUAAGGAGAAUAUUUAAGUAAAGAAAAAAA